GCUAACUUUUAUAAAAUAAUUAAGAUGUCAAAAAGUGCAGGCCAAUGGAACCCAGAAAGAGAUGAAUAUCUAGUCCAACUUGUGCACCAAGUAGGCACAAAAAAAUGGGCCUCAAUUGUGGAUAAAAUGAAGAAGCAGUUCCCUGGCUUCACUCAAAACCCAAAGCAAUGUAGGGAGCGCUGGAGGAACCAUCUCGAUCCUCGAGUAAAUAAAAAUCCAUGGACUCCUGAAGAGGAAUUAAUUUUUAUCGCAAAGCAUAAGAUCUUUGGAAACAAAUGGGCUGAAAUUGCCAAGUACUGAGACGGUAGAAAUGAUAACUCGGUUAAGAAUUAUUUCUACUCAACCGUCCGUAAAAUUAUCAGGAAAAUAUCAUUGAAAUAAAAUCACAAAUGAUUUGAAAGAAAAUGAUGUAGAAAAAGAGCUUACCAUUUAUCUUUCCCAGUACAUCUAUGAGAUGUACUCUGAGUAUUUUAAUAAGAAGAGGAAGGAAAAGAAAAUGCCCAUACAGGAGAAUGGCCAGCUUGAUGCCAUGCCAGUCGAUCCUAACGAAGAAUCCAAAGAUGCUAAAGGCAAAGGUAAUCUCCGAACUGGUGACAAGUACAUCAUCCGGAAAUUAGUAUCAAUGAAGGUUAUGCCAGAGCAAAUACAAGAUUUUAUCUCUUCUGUUGCUUCUGGUACUUCUAAUAAUGCAAUGAACAUGGAUGGAUUUCAGAUGAACACAAAUAAUUUCACACCAAGUUAUACUGAUAAUUUACUCCAGAUGCCACAAUUUGGAAGUCAUAUGAGGUCCAACUCUUGAUAUGCCAACGAACCACAAAUGAAUCUUGCUUGAAAUCAACCAAUGGGGGGUGUGGAUGAUUCACAAUUAAUCCAAAGUUUUGCUCAAUUCUCUUUAAUGAACCAAAAUCCAUAUUAUGGUCAACAAAAUAUGAUGGAUCUUUACCAGAUGCCAGCCCAGUCUAAUGGCAAUGACGAUAUUAGCUUAGAGAAUAACUUCAGUAACUAUGAAGGCCAACUGAGUAGCAUUCCUUCUCAUAUGAAGAGCAAUAGAUUACAAAGAAGUCACUCGAUCAGCAGGAUCCCUGAGAGCUCUACCUAUAUCAAGGAGAAUUUUCUUUUUGACAAACUUGGUGAGAAAACAUGAAAAGAUGAUACUACAAUUAAAAAUGAUCAAAAUCCUAUUCUAGUAGAAGAAAAGGAGCCAACUCCUAUUCAAAACUUCAAAUACUUUAACCAAAUACAAGCAGAUGACAAUUUGUCGAAUUCUAGUGGAACUUCAAAGUCAAGUUUCAUAUCGUUUAAUGAGUCCGGAUCGUGCAGCUCUUUAGAUAUAUCCUUCGAUGACUCUGGUGCUCCGUACAUUAAACCUUUCCGUACAUCAGCAUUUGCAAAAGUGAAGAAUGGGGCCGACUGCAACCAGUCUAAUAGCCAAGAAAGUAGUGAAGAUUUCCACAGCCAAGAAAGAGAGAAGCCUGUAGAAAUGAAUGAUGGCAGUUAUGAUGCUGCUAAGAAUAAAAGCAAAUCAAGUUUCUUCAGGCUAAAGAAUGAUGAAGGAUAA